AUUUUUAAAAAUUGUCAUUGGAACAGGAAAAUUUAUGUCCAUCCAUAUCACCUGAUCUUGCACGAAAGCGAGGCAUGCGAUGACCAGCUUUGUUUGUUUGCAGCUUGGAAAAUUAUGGCGUCCUGCAACAGUGAGACAAACACUUCUUGUCCAGAGAGCAGACCCAAGAAGAAAAAUUUCUCAACAGGAAAAUACUGCAAGGCAUAUGGAUGUAAAAGCUCAAACUACAUUCAGGUGGAUGGGGAGACAGUCCUGUCUAACAUCUCAUUCUUCAGUGUCCCCAAAAAAGUACUUGACAACAAAAAGAAACUUAAGCACUGGGCGUCUCUGAUCAAAAGAGACAUUUCUGCACUUACUAGUAACCAGAGCUCAGUGGUUUGUGAAAAGCACUUUGAAGACUCUGACAUUCUGAGAUGGUCAGGACAUGGACUUAGGCUGAAGACGCCAAAGCUCAGAGAAGGCGCCUUACCUGUCCUUCACUCUUGGGUGACAGUUAAACCAAAGAGACCAGCUCCAAAACAGAGAUGUUGGCCUCCCCCCAAGAAACUCAAAGGACCUAAGAGUAAGAAGAUUACUGCAUCAGAGGUUGGCUCUUCUGUGAACAAUUCAGCAAAUGGUUCUGCUCCUGACCUCCACACCACCAUGGAUGCAUCUGGUUCAGGACUGGACCAGGAACUAGAUGAUCAUCACAAUUAUGCCAUCCGCCUACGUCACGAUAGCAGACUGGAAGGAGACAACGCCAGACUGAACAGUGUUGUUACACCCAUGUGUGCUCAUUUGUCGAGCAGUGUACAAGGUGGUGGUGAAGAUUUUCAUGGAGCAAGUGACCAUGUCAGUGAAGGGGACAGAAACCCACCAAUGACAGGCAUCCUAGGCUUCUCCAAGGAGACGACCCUUGCCCUCCUACCCAGGAUGAAGGUAGAGGAACUACAGUCAGAGCUGAAUCGGAGGAACAUCGUGGUGGCAGCCGGGUACAGGGCGAGGCGCAAGGGUGACUUGGAACAUGUGCUGAGAGAGGUCAUGACAAAGGAGUAUGAAGCAGAAGAAGACGAAGGAAUGGACAUGAUCAUGAGUAACACUAGCCCUACAUUCGAGCACGGCUGUAGUAACACUAGCCCUACAUUCGAGCAUGGCUGUAGUGACACUAGCCCUACAUUCGAGCAUGGCUGUAGUGACACUAGCCCUUCAUUCGAGAAUGGCUGUAGUAACACUAGCCCUACAUUCGAGCAUGGCUGUAGUGACACUAGCUCAGCAUUUGAGCACGGCCAUUGGCUUGAAAUGGGGGAUGGCAGCCAAGUGCCUUCAGCACCGAACAAUGACCAAACUACUUUGCAAAAUGUUCGAGAGCUUCCUCAAGAGCACACAGAAAAGGAAGAGACAUCUAGCUGGCAAGCAACAGACAUGGAUGUCUCUGAGACUCCAAGCACUGAUACAAGCCUUCGACAGAUACAAGUAAAGAAAGAACCUAUGGAACUACUUGAGUUUGAACAGUACACAUACAGUGCUGUAGGAGUGACAGAACCAUUAACAAGUCUAACCCAGCACCUAGGAACUGUACUUGGGUCACAGCCCAAUUCUGUAAGUUCUCAGGACCCGAUGGUAAGAAUUAAGACAGAGCCUGGUGUGGAAGAAGAGACAGAAGAUGAGCAGCAGAACUUAAGGAGUGAGCCCUGUCCUUCUUCCCUUGGACAACUGUCUCAAGAACAAGUCAAGGUAGAGGUUUCCACAGAAGAAGAUGACCAGCCUUCAAGUUCAAGUAAAGAACCCGAAAAGGCCGUCCAUGUGAUGUUAACCAGGCCAAUAAAAUGUAGAGUCCCUGCCUGGUCAAGCGACGAAAUAAGGGCACUUUUGAAGUUCUUGUCCCUGCCAUCGGAGGGAUGGGACCCAACACAAUCCACUGGAUGGCCAAAAAUGAGAUCACAGCAUCCUCUCUGGUCCAAGGCUGCUCAGUUUGUGCAGGAAAAUUCGAGAUCAUCAAUUCUACGAACUGUUGGGGCAGUGCAGACUCAAGUCUCCAAACACCUGAAUUCAUUGUACCCCCUUAGUGCUGGAGGAAGACUUGCAGCAGAAAAGGCUAUGGGGAUUUCUGAGCAAGAAAGCCGCACCAGUCCCCGCAGCCCGGAGCCAAUUCGGAGGUACAUGGAUGCUGGAGCACAGACAGAAGAACAGUUCUUAAAGCCGCAUUUGCCAGUGAUCCAAGAGACGUCAGCCCCAGUGCCCCAAGGGAUCUCAAUCCCAGAGCCCAAUGGAUGCUAGUCUCCAAGCAGAUCCUACGGUAGCACAAGAUAGUAUCAAAAGCUGGCAGAGGAGUGAAGCCGGCCUAUUAGUGUGUUAGGCUGCCUGAUGAUAGCCAUUGACCGUUGUGUUCUUUGGCAGAUCAUAUGUUAGCCAUACGUACUCCUAGGCAAGCUUCACUCUUCUGGCAGCUUUUGAUGCUAUCUUAUGCUACCGUAAGAUCUGCUUGGAGAUUAAAUGGAUGUCGCCCCAGCGCCUAAGCUGCAAUCAUUUCUUCAUCCCCCCUUGUGACCCACAGAUGGACAGGUGAAAUUGAUAACUCGAGCAAGUAGAUAUGGCCAUGUUGAUCCGAUGUGGCUGUCAUCGUUUUUUUUUGUACGUUGAAGACAGGAAAAAAUUAAACAUUCUUGUUUGGCAUGCCGUACUCUGUGUGUUAAGUCAUUUGUUCAAACUUCUUGACCACUUACCGGUCGAUACCAUAAUGAAGGGUACUUCAAUUUUUUUUACAAUUUUUUUUUUCAUUUGCAUGUUCUCAUAGAAUGCCAAUCAUAAUUAUAGUUUUAAGACAUUUCAAAAUAUGAAAAUAGUUCUGAGGUUCAUUUAGGACAAAUAAUCCACAAGUUAUGUGAAGUCAGCUGCAUCAUCACAUCUUGCUAAUUCUGUCUUUCUGAAAUAGAGGCAGAGACGUUUUCCCAAAACUAUGAAACUCUUCAAGCAAGGCAUGUCAACCCCAAAAUACAAAUUGGUGUAAACCACAAUCAAACUAACCAGUACUAUGAAUCGUAGAAAGCAGCUGUAAAAUGAGAAAAUAUAUGCCAUAGAUUGCAAGGAAAAUGUUGGAAAAUGUAUGACAAUGUCAUUUGUAUUCCCAACCAUAGAGCAGGUAAAUGGCACUUUGAAAUCUUCUUGUCCCAUGUACAUGUGCAAUCCUAUUCUCUGCUGGGUUCAUUAAUAGAUUUACAAUGGGAUUUAGGAAUAUACCUUUUGGUUCUGGGGGUGGUAACUCACUAUGGAAGCGGUUCUCAGCGUUUAAUUGGCAAUUUGCACUGCAGUUCUCAAAGGCAAUAAAUGUAUUACUGAGUUUUGGCCAACAUUAUGUUCACCUCAUAAUAUGUUCUUCUUAUACUCCAAAUGACAAACUUUGAUUUUCGAAUAUGGGAACCAACUGUACAUAGAGAGGGAGAGAAACUGUAUAUUCGAUUGAAAACGCUUGUAGCACAGAUGGUUGUGGUUACAAUUGGUAAAAGGCUUAGCAGUGCAAAUGCGAUGAUUAUCAUAAAAAUUAUCAUAGAUAACAUUUAAUUCCUUACAGUAUUUUGCUCAAAGUAAGAGGAAUACAUAGUCUAGUCCAAUGAUUUUUAAAUUUGAAGAAAAUAAAAUUUU